UCUGAUUGGCUGGCUUUGGAACGCAAAGUUUUCUUCAUCAAGUCUCCCCUGCAGGUGACAUACCCUUGCAGAGCGGGUGACACGCGGUUUCCAGGGCAGCUCUGGCAGCAGUAUUUUUGUCACCUCCCCUGCAUCAGGUUCGUGUGGAAUAUGUGAGCCCACCUCCAGGAGAAGCCAUUCACUCCCCAGUAUUGUGAGAUACCCACACAGUAUCAGCACUAACUGCCAUCAUGAAUAAACUGAUUGCCAGGAUCCACAGUCUGGGAAAAGGAUUCAAUGGUAAAACCCAGCUACCUGCUGCCUGGCAUUGUGUUAGGUACCAGAGCAGCAACAAUGGAAGCCAUGCAGACAGCCCCUCACUCCUGAAACACUUCACCAUGAAAAUCAAAGCAUCAGGACCUAUCACUGUGGCAGAAUACAUGAGGCAAGUUUUAACAAACCCCAUAAAGGGUUACUAUAUGCAUCAAGACAUGCUGGGAGAACAUGGAGACUUUAUCACUUCCCCUGAAAUAAGUCAGAUCUUUGGGGAGCUCUUGGGUAUUUGGUGCCUUAGUGAGUGGUUAUCUGCUGGAAGACCAAAGGCUUUCCAGUUAGUGGAACUUGGGCCUGGAAAAGGUACCCUGACUGGUGACAUCCUACGAGUCUUUAAACAGUUUAAUCAUUUAUUGAACACUACGGACAUCUCGGUGCAUCUUGUGGAAGUGAGUCCAAAAUUAAGCCAAGUCCAGGCAGUAACAUUAACUGGGAAGAAUAUUAAAAUGGUGGACGAAGAAAUAUCUCCCACAUACAUGAAAGGAGUAACCACGUCAGGACUUCCUAUAUUCUGGUACCAUAACGUAGAAGAUGUACCACCAGCUUACACAUUUUAUAUAGCGCAUGAAUUUUUUGACGCGUUACCAAUACAUAAAUUACAGAAGACCAAGGAAGGAUGGCGAGAAGUAUUAAUAGAUAUUGAUCCAGAGAUUCCUGACAAACUGAGAUUUGUUCUUGGGUCAACGUCCCCUCUAGUGGCAAAAAACUUUGUACAGGAUGACGAGAAAAGGGAUCAUGUUGAGGUGUGUCCUAGUGCUGCGGUUAUCACUCAGAAACUUGCCCAUCAAAUUGACAGACAUGGAGGGGCUGCUCUAAUUGCGGAUUAUGGGCAUUUUGGAGAUAAAACAGACACUUUCAGGGGAUUCCGUGACCACCAGCUUCACGAUGUGUUACUGGACCCAGGAAUGGCAGAUCUGACUGCAGAUGUUGACUUUAAUUUCUUGAAAAGAAUGAUUGGAAACAUAGCGGCCACGUUAGGGCCUGUGACGCAGCGUGAAUUUUUGAAAAACAUGGGAAUUGAUAUCCGUUUAAAAGUUCUUUUGGAACACGCCGAGGAUGCAGAUACUCAGCAACAACUUAAACUGUGCUAUGAUAUGCUUAUGAAUCCAGAUAAAAUGGGAGAGCGAUUCAAAUUUUUCUCUCUCUUUCCCCAUGCUAGAUUGAAAGACAAUGAGCGUGGUCCAAAACAUAAAUUACAACCUGUGGCAGGUUUUACAGAAUUAAUUUUUCAAUAAAUUUAUGGGUUUCAUAUCAACUUCCAUUUAAUAUAUUUUUUGUACUAAAAGUUACUAUUAGAAGUUUGGUGUUUUUAAAGGUUGCCAGCAAAACCUAAAGGACAUUUCCAACAGAUU